CGAGGGGUUGAAUCACUUGGUGUGCUCCAUAAACCUUCGGAGCUUCGAGCCUAGGAGUCGCCAAGAUCUCGUCAAACAUGGGUCGACGUCGGGUAGAUACGACCUGAGGACGAAGGGGAACCAACAAUUGAUCCAGUCCAACCGCCUCGUUUCGGCUUUCAUUCUGCCGAAAAGCUGGCCAUGCUCCCCGUAAGCAGAUUUCGUACUGCAGCUUGCUCCAACCGCAUAUUGAGAGCCCGCCCCCAAUCCAACCGUUCUCUUCAGACGGGGCACGACCAGGGUCAUGUUUCCCCCACGGCAGAACAGUUGGGAUACAUGACGACACCGCCCUCCCGCAAGAUCUCUCGCAUCUGUCUGGAAGACCCGACAACCAGAAAGUACUAGCUACUCAAGUGUGUGAAGAUGAAGGCCGAAUUGAAAACCAAAGAGAACAGCAUCCGGCCCAAGCCGCUUCGAUGGAAGAAGCCCAGAAAGAUCUGCCGAACCGUCAACCCCGCGCCCGUUAGCCCCUCAUGAUUUUGCACGCCAGUGCCAGUUCGUCCGGCCGCGUGGUGACGUCUACGGGGUCGACGCCUGUUUACAAUACGGGGAAGACUGGAGACGUCCCUGAAAUGAGACCCCGGCAAUUGCACCAACCGCUCACUCGCGAUAUGUGUGGGCGGUUGCAGUCUUAUUUGUUGCGGGGUCAGGUUGGGCCUUUGGCACAUAUAUGGCUCUCUCCCAAGGAACGAAAAAUGAGCCGUUUCUUCAUGAGCUUGAAACUCGCACGAUUGUCAUCUCGUAGUAUAUGUCAAAAUGAGUCGUCCGUUUAACAAGGUCGUCGUCAUCGGGGCCGGCCCCUCCGGCCUGCUUCUCGCCCUGCUCCUCUCCAAACACGGUAUCGCGGUUCAAAUACUCGAGGCCCAAGAUCAUCUCGACCAGCAACCCCGCGCCGCCCACUAUGGACCCGCCGCCAUUCCCGAACUCAUCCGCGCGGGGGUCCUAGCAGAAGUCCGCCGCCGUGGGAUGACGACGAGCCAGUUUGUCUGGCGUCGCUUCGAGGACCAUAGUGUCAUCACAGGCUUUGAUUCGACCGUACUCCGCGAUGUCGACGGCGAGGAUCUACGACCGACGUGCCUCGUACUGCAGGAGCUCGACCAGAUCAUGCUCGACGAGUUCUUGGGGAAGUACAACGGGACCAUCAGCUGGCGGCACCGCGUCGUCGGACUGGGACAAGACGACGACCGUGCCUGGGUCGACGUCGAGACACCCGGCGGCAAGAAGCGGGUCGAGGCCGACUACAUCAUCGGCUGCGACGGAGCCAAUAGCGCCGUGCGUAAGGGGCUCUUUGGGGACGAGUACCCCGGCUGGACGUGGGACCAGCAAAUCGUCGCGACGAACACCUAUUACGACUUCGCGGGCAAGUUCGGGUGGCACGACGCCAAUUUCGUCAUCCACCCGGAGCACUUCUUCAUGGCGGCCAGGAUCACGGCGGACGGGCUGUACCGCGUCACGUACGGCGAGGAGCCGAACCUCUCGCACGACGAGCUCAAGGCGCGCCGGCGGGAGAAGUUCAAAACCAUGCUGCCAGGGCACCCCGGACCCGACGAGUACGAGGUCGUCAACUUUGCGCCGUAUAAGAUGCACCAGCGCUGCGCCCCGCGGUUCCGGGCCGGGCGGUUCAUGCUGGCCGCCGACGCCGCGCACCUGUGCAACCCCUGGGGCGGGCUCGGCAUCACCGGGGGGUUCGUGGACGUCGGCGGCCUGUACGACUGCCUGGCGGGGAUCUGGGACGGGGCGACGGACGAGGGCAUCCUCGAUCUGUACUGCGAGAAGAGGAGAGAGAAGUGGAGGACGGUCAUCGAUCCGAUCUCGCAGGAGAACUUCCGGAGGGUCUCGGACCCGGACCCUGCGACGCGGCUAGAGAGGGACGGGUUUCUGCAGAUGUGCCAGCGAGCCGACAAGGAUUCGGACCUCAUGCGGGAGUUGAUGAUGGGCACUCUUGACGUGCGGUAUGACUUUACGCAACACUACGAGAAGGUCAAUGGGCACAAGUUGAAUUGUGGUUGAGAUUUGGAUAGGACUCCUCCAGUAGCAUGUUUCUGUGUGGUGUCAGGAACACCAAGUGUGCAAGAAAAGAGAAUGAUGACAUACAAUUAUGAUCAGGGUUCUGGAUGUAUUGCUCAGUUUAAUCCUGUCCUAUUGACGACUGUAAACGUUCAGGGGCAUUCUGUUCUGCAGCAGCUACAAGGUCUCUGAUGGAUUUACCCUCGUUCGACACGACAAAAAUGAGAUACUUGCCCAUACGUCAUAGUAACCAGGAGAGAAGAGACUCUAACUGAGAACAACCUUCCGCAGGUAAACAAUCUGCUAGCUGGUACUACAAACUAUGCAUGUUGCGGAUCACACAGAGACGACAAACACGGGUCGG